AUGACUGUAGUUAAAUUGCUAGCCACUCAUGCCGUGAACGUGGGCGAAUCGUUAAUUGGUGAACUAGUGGAAAUGAAGGCUAGGAUAGUGGACGAAGAGUGCUCUCCAUCGAAAACGGUUUUCUGGAUGGUUGUAGAGGAAGAUGUUGAUGUACUUCUGCAGCUACGUGAUUUGAGAUAUGCUGAUGAAGUGUAUUUGGAGAUCUAUCAUAACAGAAUGAGUCCAAGUGACGAUCAUCCCAACUGUCCUAUUGGUGAUGACCAGAUUACAGUCAACUUCGUAUUAAUCACAACAGAGAGAAGCUCUGCCUGGAAAAACGGUCUACAGAUGGUACGACAAGAACUACAUAGGCAUAUCAAAUACGCUAUGAAGUCGUCUAAUCGAUCGUGGUCGCUUCGUUUUCAUGAAAACAUGUUUAAAGCGGAGGAUGAGAUCAGUGUUGUGAUAUUUGCGGACCGAUAUGACAUAUACGCUGGUGUUCUGCUCUUUGACGAGGAAGAUUUUCGACCCCACCUCACAUUCUGGCAACUGAAUGGAGCCAUAGCGGCUACCGUGGUGGAACUCGCUGACAUAAACGACGGUGAUAUUGUACUCGACAUGGCAUGUGACUGUGGGGAACUCACUCUAGAAGUCCUCAGAAAUCGUGAUUGUUUCUGCAUAGCGAUGAGCCCAAAGAUUGAUCAAUUAGCCAUGGCUGAAGUUAAUUGGGUGGGCCUCCAGAAUCAGUUUAAGAAAGAAGCUGGUAAUCGAGCUAGGCAUUUACAGUUCAUAGCCGUGGAAUUCAAUAAAGAUUUCUUUAAUUUCAACGUUGUCAACAAAAUAUUGUGUAGCUUACCGUUGCGAUGGUGGAAAGCAAAAGGAGAGACCUUGGACAUGUAUUACGACAAACUUUUCACCAUAAUCAGCAAGUAA